AUGCUACGUAAGAGAGAGACAGACGGACCGGCCGGGCCGUCGAUGCUACGUAAUAGAGAGACAGACGGACCGGCCGGGCCGGCGAUGCUACGUAAGAGAGAGACGGACGGACCGGCCGGGCCGUCGAUGCUACGUAAGAGAGAGACAGACGGACCGGCCGGGCCGUCGAUGCUACGUAAGAGAGAGACAGACGGACCGGCCGGGCCGUCGAUGCUACGUAAGAGAGAGACAGACGGAAAAGCCGGGCCGUUGAUGCUACGUAAGAGAGAGACAGACGGACCGGCCGGGCCGUCGAUGCUACGCAAUAGAGAGACAGACGGACCGGCCGGGCCGGCGAUGCUACGUAAUAGAGAGACAGACGGACCAGCCAGCCCGUCGAUGCUACGCAAUAGAGAGACAGACGGACCGGCCGGGCCGGCGAUGCUACGUAAUAGAGAGACAGACGGACCGGCCGGCCCGUCGAUGCUACGCAAUAGAGAGACAGACGGACCGGCCGGGCCGGCGAUGCUACGUAAGAGAGAGACAGACGGACCGGCCGGGCCGUCAAUGCUACGUAAUAGAGAGACAGACGGACUGGCCGGCCCGUCGAUGCUACGCAAUAGAGAGACAGACGGACCGGCCGGGCCGGCGAUGCUACGUAAGAGAGAGACAGACGGACCGGCCUGGCCUCGGGCCUCCAUCAACAGCACUAAAGAAGAAGAGGACCAGCUGACCAGCUGA